UUUUGCAUACCUCAUUGAAAAGGAGGUUCAAAUUUCACAUUCACAAAUUAUUGUGGAGCUAAGAAAUAAAAGUCAGCCAUGGCUAAGCCUUUGAGUGCACACCCUUCUUUCACCCUAGUCCUAAUAUUUUUAUAUCUAAGUUGCUCCUUCCAUUUCCAUAUUGGGGAAUGCCAUAAGCCAAAAAGAAAGGCAGCUCUUUUCAUCUUUGGUGAUUCUUUAUUUGAUGUGGGAAACAACAAUUACAUCAACACAACCACUCUUGACCAAGCUAAUUUCUGGCCUUAUGGAGAAACUUACUUUAAGUUCCCUACCGGUAGAUUUUCCGAUGGCCGGUUGAUUUCAGAUUUCAUUGCUGAAUAUGCAAAACUGCCAUUGCUGCCACCCUUUCUGCAGCUGGGGAGUCAACACAGCUAUUAUAAAGGUGCUAAUUUUGCCUCGGCUGGGGCAGGAGCUCUUGUCCAGACAUUUGAGGGAUCGGUAAUCAAUAUGAAGACUCAACUCAAAAACUUCAAGAAGGUGAAGACUUGGUUGAAAAAAAAGUUAAGCAAAUCAAAAUCACAAAAGCUUUUGUCAAAUGCAGUCUACAUAUUUAGCAUUGGAACAAAUGACUACCUAAGUCUCUUUGUGACCAAUUCCUCAGUUCAAGUCUCUCCUCAAUACGAAAAAAUGGUCGUUGGCAACUUGACAACCAUCGUUAAAGAGAUAUACAAAAUUGGAGGCAGGAAAUUUGGGUUCCUUAAUUUGGGAGACUUGGGUUGUCUACCAGGCUUAAGAAUUCUCAAUUCAUCUAGCAAAAAUGGGUGUUUGGAGAAAGCUUCAGCCUUGGCCAAGUUACAUAAUGUUGAGUUGUACAAUAUCCUCCUGAAAAUGAAGAAACAAAUGAAGGGGUUCAAGUAUUCACUCUAUGACUUCAACAGUAGUUUAAGAGAGAGGAUAAAUCAUCCCUCCAAAUACGGGCUCAAGGAAGGGAAAAUAGCAUGUUGUGGAAGGGAGAAAUUUAGAGGCAUACAUAGCUGUGGAGGGAAAAGGCCAGUGGGACAUGAAUUUGAGCUUUGUCAAAACCCAAGUAUGCAUGUAUUUUGGGACUCCUAUCAUCUAACUGAAACAAUUUACCAGCAAAUGGCAGCUGAAAUGUGGAAUGGGCCUUCUAAUUUCAAGUCCCUCUUUCAAUGUUUGUGAAAGAGUUACUCGUUGUUCCAUAUUAUGUAAUAGUAUUUGAUUGUAUACAAAAUUUAUCAUAGAAAAUAAAUUUUUAAGUAGAAGCAAAAUUUUAACUUCCAAAUAUCGUUUCUCAACUUAACUUUAAAUAUUACAUUCAAAGUAUCAACUAAUUCAUGUCUAAAUGCAGUCUUAAUAUACAAUUGGUUCACUUCU